UCUCGCUGCCUCGCUAGGAAAACGUCGAACUGUCCGCACGUGAAAAAUUUUGUAAAUGAAACGCAUUUAACUUGCAUUUUUCAGCAAGAAAAAGUGACUGAAAUUAGUGCUCUCCACGGCACAUCGGACAAUCUAGCUGUGUUUUCUUUAUUCCUCUGUUCGUUUUUUGGUUAAUUUCGAUCUAGUUUAAACACCAGCAAAAUGUUCUGGGGAUUGGUACUGAAGGCUAACAAGAAGUACACGCAGACGGUGGUCAAGGCGUUCCAUCUGUCGCAGGCGGCGCUGGACCUGAGCAAGGCCGGCGAUGGCGAUGUUCAGGUUAUGUUAACAUCGGAGGAAAAUACCUAUCUGUUGUGCACUCUUGGCAAGAAAACCCCGCAGGUUUCGCUAGACCUGAACUUCGACGAAGGUGAUCAGAUCAGCCUAAGCACCAAGGGUGAGGGAAUUGUACAUUUGACCGGGUACUUGGUGCCAAGUGAGGCAGAUUUUAUGGACAGCGAUGACGAGGACGGCGAGGAGGAGGAAGUCGAAGCAGAUGAGGAAAUGUUGGAAGUUCCGGUGCAAAAGGAAAAGGAGCGCGUUGCUAAGAAAGUAGCCGCAAAGGUAAUAAAACACGAGGUAAAUGCAAAACCAGGUGCUGAAGAUGAGGAGGAUGAAAUGGAUGAAACGUUCGAGCUGCCGAAGGGAGCUCAGAAAAAGAAGAAUAAGCAACAAAAGGGUGGAGACGAGGAAGAGGACAGCGACGACGAUGACGAUGAUGAAUCCGACGAAGAUAAUUCGGAUGAUUCCGAAGAGGAUGAUGAACUGAACGACAGUAAAGCCGACGAGGGUAAGGACGAGGAGGAGGAUAGCGAUGACGAUGAUGAGGAUGACGAGGAAGACGAUUCCAACGAAGAGGAUGAUUCGGAAGAUGAACAGCCACCAGCGGCAAAAGUUGCCAAGCUGGAGAAGAAACCAUCGAAGCAGAAUGGCAUUGAACAGAACGGUAAGGCUUCCUCCAAGGAACUGAAAAAAGACGAAAAGCAAAAGCAAGGCCAACCAAAGACUCGCACGCUGCAGGGCGGAUUGACGGUGGAAGACAUUGCGGUCGGUUCGGGAGCGGAAGCCAAGCCCGGCAAGAAGGUGGCCGUGUACUACGAGGGUCGCUUGAAAAAGAACAACAAAGUGUUCGAUUCCACAACGAAGGGUGCCGGUUUCAAGUUUGCCCUGGGUCGCGGUGAGGUCAUCAAGGGCUGGGACUUGGGUGUAAGUGGAAUGAAAGUCGGAGGCAAGCGACGACUAACGGUGCCUCACCAAUUGGCCUACGGAACCCGAGGAAGCCCACCGGUCAUUCCGCCGAACAGUACGCUCGUGUUCGACGUCGAGCUGCGAAACGUGUUCUAAGGCGUCCUUCUUUUAAUAACCUUGUCUCACAAUCUACCUAGUGUAAGGACGUUACGGUCGCAGAAUGAAAAUCGGUUCAGUAUCCACGCAAAAAAUGCAGCAUUACGUUCUGAACUCGCCAUCACCCGAAUCACCCGGUGAAAUAUCUGUGUGAUUUUGAUAGCUGGUAACUUUAAAAGUUGAUCGGUUUUUUUUAUUGCUUGUAAGAAAAGAUAGAGAACGUUUAAACAUUCACAGAAAUUAACAUAGCAGAGGUGCUGUCCAGUGUCGCCAUUUGAAUUAAACGCCUAAAUAGUACAGCAAAUCACAAAUUAUUGCUCCUUUUUGUUGUAAAAAAGUUGCAUUAAUGUCCCAACUGGAACAUUUUCGUUAAACCCCCAACCCUACCGUACAACACAAUUUGCGCGCGAUAUGUUUUUGUCUAAUAAAAACUUAUUACAAUAAUAAACAGUU